UCAGCAAAUACAUCAGCAACACUCGAAGACACAAACAGCAAAGUAGCAGCAAAUUUCCGUAGCUUCUUCCUCCCUUCCUGCACUUUCCGCGGAAUAGAUGGCGACUGUGAUGGCCAUGAGCUCCAUCGCCGGUGCCGCCGUCUUACCGGCCGACCGCUUCGGCUCCCGGUCUCUGCCUGCGCUGGGCCGACGCGCCUUCGUCGUCCGAGCACAAACAGAGAAGCCGAAUACACCAUCGCCCAAGCCGAGCCCCUCAAUCUGGGACGCGCUGGCAUUCAGCGGCCCCGCGCCGGAGCGCAUCAACGGGCGCCUCGCUAUGGUGGGUUUCGUCACGGCGCUGGCCGUCGAAGCAGGGCGCGGCGACGGCCUCCUCUCGCAGCUCGGCAACGGCACCGGGCAGGCGUGGUUCGCGUACACCGUGGCGGUGCUCUCCGUGGCGUCGCUGGUGCCGCUGCUCCAGGGCGAGAGCGCCGAGGGCAGGGCCGGGGCCAUCAUGAACGCCAACGCCGAGCUCUGGAACGGCCGCUUCGCCAUGCUCGGACUAGUCGCGCUCGCCGCCACAGAGAUCCUCACCGGCGCGCCAUUCAUCAACAUCUAGAUUAGUGUAGGCUCGUUGCCAUUUGUGUAUGUACGUAGUCAUCUGGAUGUGGGCACCGUCGCCGCCACGGCCCAGCUCCUCACGCCCUCGAUGCAGUGAUUAGAAAAUAUAUUAGAUCCUAACCAAUUUUCGUCGCAAGAGUUUCACUGAAAUUUGCUUGCC